GUUCUAUGUGCAGAAUAGACAAAAAGCUUCAAACAACAAACGAUUUGGGAAAUAUCAAUUACGCCAGUAAUCUCCGAUUCUCACCACAAAAUGAUAUUAUCCUUGUUUACAACACAAUGCAAAAAGUUGACAGCUGCUUACCUGUAACUACCAUAACCUUCAAGUGCCCAAAACAAAUGGGUGAUAAAGGCCCAUUGUUGACAGCUGCUGAUGACUGUGCAUUUGAAGUUCUCUGGGAGACAGACUUUGCUUGCCCACAGUCCAGUGUCAUGUCUACAAAUAGCUGUGUGCUGAGGAAUGAAUUUGUUAACUUCGACUUGACGCCGCUCACUAAUGCCAGACUCACCCCUUACAUGAUAAAGCAUGAUGACGUUGAUUCGCAAGGCAAAACAACCCAUUAUCAUUAUUACAUCAACGUUUGUCAAGCACUUGUUUAUCUUUGUGGAGGUUUGUGUCAUGGACAUUAUGUCUGUAAACAGGAUNGCUAUUGUUUUUACUUUUUUUCGUGGACUACAAAAUAUGCCUGUCCACCUAGUCGGCGCACUGGGACAGCCUGUCGAGUAGAAAGUGCCUCUGGUGUCCGAUAUGAUCUCUCAGAACUUGUGCGCCUGGAAAAUGCUUCCAACUGGGUUGCCCUAGAUGGAGAGAGCAGCAACUCUAACAAGUUGAUUUUCAUCAAUGUUUGUGGUCAGUUAAUGCCUCGUAAAGAGACAAGCCAGUGUGAUAGCGGAUCUGCUAUCUGUAUGAUUGACAAGGGGAAGGUGGUAAGUCUUGGGAAGUACACUGAUCCACCAACCCUGAAUCAAGACAACUCUAUUAAACUGGUCUAUACCCAGGGUAGUGAAUGCAAGAAGGACAAGGGGAAAAGUAUCACAAGAAACUCUACAAUUACAUUUGUGUGUCAACCAGGGGAUUUGGAGAGUCCUCCUGUGCUAGUGUCUCAUACAGCAGAUGACUGCCAGUAUCAGUUUAUGUGGAAGUCAGCUGCUGCAUGUUCGCUGGGUCUAAAUUUUGGGCAAGAUUGCAAGGUGGAAGAUAAAGAUGCUGGUUAUGUGUUUGACUUGACUCCUUUGGCCACACAUAAAUGGGGCAAGGAUGAUUUUUACACUGUAAAUGGUGCUUCUCAAUACAAGUUUCAGUUGAAGGUGUGUGGAGGAAGCAGCAAAACAGGCUGCGUUGGUUCAAAUGUUGGUUCAUGCCAAAUUAAAAAGGGAAACCCCAAGCAAAACUGGACCAUUGGUCAACCAAAUAACAUGUUGUAUUACUAUGAUGGAAUGCUUAAUUUAACAUAUGGCAAUGGAACACCCUGUCACAAUGACGUUUCUCGCACCACCCACAUUACCUUCCUCUGCAAUUCUUCAGCAGAUAAUAAUGGAAUAGGAGUGCCAGAGUAUGAGAAGGAGAAUCACUGUGUUUACAACUUUAGAUGGUUCACAAAAUAUGCGUGUCCUGCAAAGUCACAGGUGUGUGGAGGAAGCAGCAAAACAGGCUGCGUUGGUUCAAAUGUUGGUUCAUGCCAAAUUAAAAAGAGAAACCCCAAGCAAAACUGGACCCUUGGUCAACCAAAUAACAUGUUGUAUUACUAUGAUGGAAUGCUUAAUUUAACAUAUGGUCAUGGAACACGCUGUCACAAUGGCGUUUCUCGCACCACCCACAUUACCUUCCUCUGCAAUUCUUCAGCAGAUAAUAAUGGAAUAGGAGUGCCAGAGUAUGAGAAGGAGAAUCACUGUGUUUACAACUUUAGAUGGUUCACAAAAUAUGCGUGUCCUGCAAAGCUCACUGAAUGUGUAGCCAGGUCAGAAGCUCAUCAGUAUAACUUGACGAGUUUGGUGAGGACAAAAGAUAACUGGCAAGCUCAAAGUGAUGGCAGAAAGUUUUACAUCAAUGUUUGUCGUUCACUGAAUCUUGGACCUUUGGUAUCAGGCUGUAGUGGAACUGCUGCCAUCUGCAUGAAGAAAGAUGGCAGGACCUUUAACUUAGGUGCUGUAGCAGAUGCACCACAUUUUGAAGGCAAGAACAUCGUCAUAACGUAUGUUAAUGGGGACAAAUGUAAUGACAAGCAGCGCUAUGAAUCAAAAAUAACUUUCAUCUGCAAUCAAGGAUUAAUGGUGAGUUUUUCUUUUAAUCAUCUUCCAUGCUGGGCAGGGGACAAUUUUGAACAAACUGGACAACAAAGAGAAGUUCAUAUCAAGUUCUACUGCAAUCCAAAGAAGCCAUUUGGAGAGCCAGCAUUUAGUGGGCAGGAGGGAAAUAAGUACUUCUUUGAUGUUCAGACGUCACUGGUGUGUUCACCUUCAGCUGUUCAGUGUGCAGUGACGUCAGAACAUGAUGGCAAAUCAUAUGACUUAACUCCUUUGGGACUUCAUGAUGGUAACUGGGAAGCAGUUGAUACCAGACCACAGGACAGACACCUUCAUUACUUCAUCAACAUUUGUCGCUCCGUGAAUCCAACCCCAGAACUCAUGAAAUGUCCUGGUGGAGCUAUUGGUGCUUGUCAGAUCGACCACAAAUCCAAGAGAGGAUUCAACUUGGGAUAUGUGCAGAGCAAUCCACAGAUAGCAGCCAGUGGGGAGCUGUCGUUGCAGUAUUCUGGAGGGAGUGAAUGCCAUCACCAGUUCAACAGAAGCAUUAGAAUCGUCUUCUCAUGUUCAGAUAUUAUGGGCUCUCCUAUCUUCGUGGCUGAAUCUCCAGAGUGUGAGUACCUGUUUUCAUGGCAGACACCCAGCGCUUGUCCACUGACUCUAGAACAUGGCAAUAACUGCACAGUGGAGGACAAGCAGUAUGGUUACAUGUUUAACUUGUCCCAUCUCUAUAACAAAGACAAAGAUUAUAAUGUUAGUGUCAGUGGCGCCCCUGGUGUAAGGAUCAUUCUGAAUGUCUGCAACAAGCUAGUGCAUAUCCCAAAAGGAUGCAGUGAAAAAAAAGGGACAAACGUGGGAGCAUGCAUUUUAAAUGCGAAGCCUGUAUCGAUCCUUCAAAAUAACAGCCUCACAUACUACAACGGCCAGAUUAACAUGACGUAUGGGAAUGGGAAAUCGCCUUCACUUAGCUUCAUCUUUGAAUGCAACCAAGGCAUUACUGGACGGGAAACAGGUCCAACUUGUGAGAAGAAAAAGGGCCAACUGUAUGAGUGCCAUUGGCAGACGGCUUAUGCUUGCAGGCCCAUGGGUAGCGUACAGUGCAGUAUUCGGAAUGGCGAUGGCAGUGUUGAUGAUCAAUACGACUACACGCUGUUGUCUAAAAGUGAAAGAAACUGGCAGGCACGAAUUCCAGGCCCAAAUCGUGAAGGUGUGGUUUACUUAAUAAAUGUUUGCCGAACAGUGGUAUUGCAAAAAGUCGCACGGAGGUGUCCCCCAACUGCAGGCGUUUGUAUGGUGAAGGGCAUUAAAUAUUAUAACCUUGGAACUGUAAUGCACGGACCCAGAAAAGAAAAUGGCAAUAUAUACUUACUGUACGAAAAUGGUGACGACUGUGGCAAUGGAAAGAAUUAUUCUUCCCGUAUACAAAUGGAAUGUGGAGACACUGAGGGUGAGCCCGUGUAUGUGACCAUGUCAAAGCAAACCUGUGUGUACGAAUUCCUUUGGAUCACCAGUGCAGCUUGUCCGGUCAACACAAAGAAUCAAAAAGUUUUUGACAACUGCACAGCCAUAAACCCUCAAACAGAAGUCUUGUUUAAUUUGCAAUCGCUGAAGAAAAACGACGAGGACUAUCUUGUACGAGACAAGGAUAACAGUACUUUAUUCGCGCUGAAUCAACUAUUUUCAGGCCUCCUUCAAUUUAAGGGCCAUUGUGUACAUGGCCAAAUAAAUCAAAAUGCUGUGAUUGAGCUCCUAAUAUUUGAGGGAAAUAUCUUAAAACAGGUGACAUCGGAGGAUGGCGUUGAUGACUCAUACACUUACUACGUGAACUUGUGUCGUCCUCUGGUACCAAUACCGGGAACGAACUGUCCUGCUGGAGCGUGGGCUUGUCGGGUCAAGAAACAAGCCGACCAAGAAAACGGGAAACAUGAGAUCCAGAGCUUGGGCCGUGCUGUUGAUCCUCCAAAAGUUGAUGACAAUGGAGAGGUGCGACUUGUAUACCUAAGCAGCACUGGUUAUAAAGAUGGCAAAACCAAAAUGGAGCUCCACUUCACGUUCGCUUGUGCGUACGGCUCAUUGGGUCACCCUGUGUUGCAGCAAGUAGACAAGAAUGUAAUCCACAUCAACUGGGCGACAUCGGCAGCCUGUUCUGAAGCGCAGACGGCGGAGCUUGACAAGUGCGGAGUCUUUGACAAUAGCACAAGAGAAUAUUACAGCUUGAAGCCGAUUGCCAAAUUCACUGACACUUUAAGAUAUUACAAAGUGGGAAGUGAAAAUGAUCCGCAUUAUUUCUUGCUGUCUAUUUGUGACGGGUUACAUUUGAGCUCGGCCGCAAGUAAUUGCACAGGAGCGGGGGUGUGCUUGGUGGCACAUAAGACGUACAAACCUUUGGGCCUGUACGCAUAUAGAGCGAUGACUUACUUCAAGGACGAGGAAAUGUUGAUUCUGAAGUACUGCAGUGCAGCAUGCGACAGUAAAGAUGCUACUGUAAUAUCAAGAAUAAUAUUUGUGUGUGACAGAACUCAAAGAGGCAAAGGAAAACCAGAACUGAAUACGUUUAGUAAAGACGGUGCAGAUUUUGCAUGGAGAACAAGUCUGGUUUGCCCUCCUCUGGAAGAGGAAUGCAGCUACACUGAUGGUAACAGUAAUUACAACCUGCAGUUGCUGACAAGUCGAACGCGAAGCUGGUAUUAUGAACAUAAUAAAGACAGCUUCUGGAUUAACAUCUGUAGAGGCAUCAGCGAUGGCCCACCAGGUAUCUUUCAGUUUUGGUUGUAUACAUUAGUUUUACUUUUAAUCUGUGUAUUUUCUGCAUAUUUUCAGUCUUGCAUAUUUAUUUAUUGUACCUUGCAAAGUAUGGAAAAUAAACUACCGUAAAAUUGUUUAAUACUUGCUGUAUAA